AUGAUGGGGGAGUUGGAGCUUUCCAUCAUGGCGGCUUCCAUUUCGGGCUACACCUUCAGCGCUGUGUGUUUCCACAGCGCCAACAGCAACGCCGACCACGAAGGAUUUUUGCUGGGAGAGGUAAGGCAAGAGGAAACCUUCAGCAUCAGUGACUCCCAAAUCAGCAACACAGAAUUUCUGCAAGUAAUCGAAAUCCAUAACCAUCAGCCUUGUUCAAAACUUUUUAGUUUUUAUGACUAUGCAAGCAAAGUUAAUGAAGAGAGCUUGGACAGGAUUCUUAAAGAUCGGAGAAAGAAAGUGAUCGGGUGGUACCGAUUCCGGCGAAACACGCAGCAGCAGAUGUCGUACCGAGAGCAGGUGAUCCACAAGCAGCUCACCCGCAUCCUCGGGGCGCCCGACCUCGUCUUCCUCCUGUUCAGCUUCAUCUCCACCGCCAACAACUCCACCCAUGCUUUAGAAUAUGUUCUCUUUAGACCAAAUCGAAGGUAUAAUCAAAGGAUAUCCCUUGCUAUUCCCAAUCUAGGCAAUACUAGCCAACAAGAGUAUAAAGUGUCUUCAGUGCCAAAUACUUCUCAGAGUUAUGCCAAAGUUAUUAAAGAACAUGGUACUGACUUUUUUGACAAGGACGGAGUAAUGAAAGACAUCAGGGCGAUUUAUCAGGUUUAUAAUGCGCUUCAGGAGAAAGUGCAGGCAGUGUGUGCAGACGUGGAAAAGAGUGAGCGAGUUGUUGAAUCUUGUCAGGCAGAAGUGAACAAAUUAAGAAGACAGAUCACUCAGAGGAAGAAUGAAAAGGAACAAGAAAGACGACUGCAGCAGGCGAUGGUGAGCCGACAGAUGCCGUCUGAGAGCGUGGACCCCACCUUCAGCCCUCGGAUGCCCUAUCCAGGGUUCACAGCGGAAGGCCGAAGUACUCUUGGAGACGCAGAGGCCUCGGACCCGCCUCCACCUUAUUCUGAUCUUCACCCAAAUAAUCAAGAAAGUACUCUGAGCCAUUCUCGCAUGGAGACCAGCGUCUUUAUGCCUCGACCUCAAGCUGUGGGCUCCUCCAGUUAUGCCUCCACCAGUGCUGGACUGAAAUACCCUGGAAGUGGAGCGGACGCCCCUCCUUCCCACAGAGCAGCUGGAGACAGUGCUGAGGAAUCAGACGACAGUGAUUAUGAAAAUUUGAUUGACCCUACAGAGCCCCCUAAUAGCGAAUACUCACAUUCAAGGGAUUCUCGCCCCAUGACACACCCCGAUGGGGGCUCCAGGAACACUCAGACCUCCCAGAUUUAA